AUGUUCAAAUUCGGUAUAUUGAGGGGAAUCAAUAGGGCAGUUAUACUUCCAACAGCAGGGUUUACGCUUGGUGUGGCAACCUUUAUUAAAGGGUGGCCCGAUGAGUCUGAUGCACUGACUCUCGAGGAUCCCAUAAAAGAUGUUGCAAAAGUUCUAGGGAAAUCAAAACAACCUCUGCAUUUACAAAGAUCUGAUAUUUUGUAUAAAAUAUCAAAGUUACCAUUAUAUAAAGAAUUGAUGGUUGAUCCCGAUGUGAAACACACAUUCCAAAGUGAAGGGAUCCCUCAAGGUCAUAGAUUUUAUCAUGUUGGCCAGGGUCAAUUAUUUGGACCUGGAAAAUUAGAAAUUGAUCCUUUGGUAUUCAUGAAUGAGAAAAAGGGAGAGAUUGUAGUGUUCUAUCAUUUAGGUAAAGAUCUAGCUAAUGAAAGAGGUCAGAUUCAUAAGGGUGUUUUAUCUUUAUUGUUAGAUGAAGGGUUGUGUUUUUGUGGAUUUCCAAAACUUCCAAAUAGGAGAGGUGUUACAGCAAAAUUGAGUAUUGAGUUUGCUAAGGAAAUUCCUCAAGAUAGUACUAUAGUAUUAAAAGCUCAUGUGAGUGAUUCAAAGGGCCGUAAAUGUAUCAUUGAUGGAAGUUUAGAAUCCAUACCACAACGUAAUAUAUUCAAUAAAAUAUUAAGGCAAGGCGGAUCUGGUAAUGGUACUAUUUUUGUUAGAUCCAAAUGUAUAUUAGUUGAACCAAAAUGGUUUAAGUAUUUUUCAUGGGUAAAUCUAUUUAAUGAAUAA